AUGUUCUCCAACCUUCUCGUCUGCCUCGACUUUCUUCGUCCGCACAUUGUUGGGUGGUUGUCGAACGCUGCUGCUCGCCUCGCUUGGUCUCAUCGCGUUGUUGCUCACAGUAGCCGUCUAUUGUGCGAUCGCUUGGUCACUACUAGUCGCAGCUGCGUGCGUGUGUGCGUGCGAUGUGCGAGUGUCGAUGUGUUAGGUCGUGUGGGCGACAAUCUUCCAAACACCAUCGCAACCCCAAAAUACACUACCAAUUGCGCCCGUCGUCUCAAGUCGUCGGCGUUCCUUUCCCUCGGUGACCGGAAGACAAGGAUACCUAGAAAUCUUCUCCGGCUGUCAGUCUCCCCAAUGGCCGCGACGCCGCGCAGUGAGGCUGCAGACGCCGACGCCUCCGCCAAUUCUUCUUCAUCACUCCAAUUCGGCACCCCCCAAGCGCUUGAGCAUAUCCGCAAGCUCACAGACGUUGGGGCCAUGACCCGCCUCCUCCACGAAUGCAUAGCCUACCAACGCGCCCUGGAUCUCGAGCUCGAGACCGUGCUCUCCCAGCGCUCCGAUUUGGACCGCCAGCUCUCGAACCUCCACAAAUCUGCCGACAUUCUGGAGAUCGUCAAGGUCGACUCCUCCUACAUGCUGUCCAACGUCUCCUCCACCUCAGCCCUCGCCGAUCAGGUCUCCGCCAAGGUUCGCCACCUCGAUCUCGCUCAGUCACGCGUCCAAGGUACGCUCCUCCGCAUCGACGCCAUCGUGGACAGAUCCAGUUGCCUCGACGGCGUCCACAAGUCUCUCCUCGCCGAGGAUUUUGAAUCUGCCGCGUCGUACAUUCAGACUUUCCUCCAGAUCGACUCUAAGUUCAGGGACUCCUCCGCAGCCGAUCAGCGGGAGCAGCUCCUUUCCUACAAGAAGCAAUUGGAAGGCAUCGCCAGGAAGAGGCUCUCGGCGGCGGUGGAUCAGCGGGAUCACCCAACCAUUCUCCGAUUCAUUGGGCUCUUCAAACCUCUCGGCCUCGAAGAGGAAGGCUUGCAGGUUUACGUGAGUUAUUUGAAGAAGGUGAUCUCGACGAGAUCGAGGAUGGAGUUUGAGCAAUUGGUGGAACUCAUGGAGCAACCAAAUAAUAGCAGCCCGGUGAAUUUUGUGGCUUGCUUGACAAACUUAUUUAAAGACAUUGUCUUGGCUAUUGAGGAGAAUGAUGAGAUUUUGAGGAACUUGUGUGGCGAGGAUGGCAUAGUUUACGCGAUUUGCGAGCUCCAGGAGGAAUGUGACUCGCGAGGUUCCAAUAUUUUGAAAAAGUUCAUGGAGCACCGGAAACUUGCAAAAUUGACUUCCGAUAUCAAUUCGUACAAGAUCAACUUGCUCUCUGUAGGGGUGGAGGGUCCUGACCCUAGAGAGAUUGAGCUUUAUCUUGAAGAAAUACUGUCAUUGACCCAGUUGGGCGAAGAUUACACGGAACACAUGGUCUCGAAAAUAAAGAGCCUGAGCUCUGUGAAUCCGGAAUUAGCCCCGCAAGCCACAAAGGCCUUCAGGAGUGGGAGUUUCAGCAGAGUUUCUCAAGAGACUACUGGUUACUAUGUCAUUCUGGAAGGAUUCUUUAUGGUGGAGAAUGUUAGAAAAGCAAUCCAGAUUGACGAACAUGUGCUGGAUAGCCUCACAACAUCCAUGGUCGAUGACGUGUUCUACGUGUUGCAGAGUUGCUGCCGGAGAGCAAUUUCAACCUCGAAUAUUAGUUCGGUUAUUGCCAUUCUUAGCAGUGCCGUGAGUUUAUUAGGUGGUGAAUAUAGUGAGGCAUUACAGCAGAAGAUGAGGGAGCCUAAUCUUGGAGCAAAGCUGUUUUUGGGUGGUGUCGGUGUACAGAAGACUGGUACUGAGAUUGCCACGGCAUUGAACAACAUGGACGUCAGCGCUGAGUAUGCCCUGAAACUGCGCCAUGAGAUUGAAGAGCAAUGUCUUGAGGUAUUCCCGACCCCAGCUGACCGUGAGCGAAUCAAGUCUUGCCUUACUGAGCUCAACGAGACUAGCAACAGUUUCAAGAAGGCUCUGAACGUGGGCAUGGAGCAGCUCGUGUCCAGCGUAACCCCUCGGAUACGACCCAUCCUGGACAGCGUGGCCACCAUUAGCUACGAGCUGUCAGAGGCCGAGUAUGCGGACAAUGAGGUCAACGACCCGUGGGUCCAGAGGCUUCUCCAUGCUGUCGGGACUAAUGUGGCCUGGCUCCAGCCCCUAAUGACAUCCACCAAUUACGACACGUUCAUGCACCUCAUCAUCGACUUCAUCGUUAAGCGGCUCGAGGUCAUCAUGAUGCAGAAGAGGUUCAGCCAGCUCGGGGGACUCCAGCUGGACCGGGAUGUUCGGACUAUGGUCAGUCAUUUCUCAGGCAUGACACAGAGGACUGUGAGGGACAAGUUCUCUCGGCUGACUCAGAUGGCCACUAUCCUCAACUUGGAGAAAGUUUCCGAGAUUUUGGACUUCUGGGGGGAGAACUCAGGGCCCAUGACGUGGAGGCUCACGCCGGCCGAGGUCAGGAGGGUGUUGGGCCUCCGGGUGGAUUUCAAACCCGAAGCUAUAGCCGCUCUUAAGUUGUAG